AAAAAAAAAAAAAGAUGCGAUUUGAAAGUGGUGCGGAGGAUUCGGGAAGAAAGCUGCUGACAAGGUUGUUGUUAUCGACCCACCCACAACACAAAGUAUUUACGCAAGCCGUCACCAAGUCUCUGUUGCUUGUAAAGGAUAGAUUCAUCACUAAUACCUAUUCCUAGAUCCUAAUCUAUCAACUUUAGCUAAUCCUAGAAGAGAAAAACAAAACCACACAGGUAGUUUCGAUUUCCAAAUCAAGCCAUGGAGUCUUGGAUUUUUCCUGCAAUUCUUCGAUUACGAGCGUCUGCCAAUUCCUUUUUGUCACAAUUCGAACCUCUGGCGAUCGUUCUUGCCCCUCUCCUAUCUUUCCUCGUCGCACGAUUUCUUCAAACCUAUAUUCAAGCAGUUCAAGACAAGGGAUUUAAAGCUACGCUGAUUGGUUUCUUUAUGACAUGGCUCAAGUUGGUGCCUGGUGUGAAGAAAUAUAUUGAUGCCGAGAAACACAAGGUUGUUGACAAAUUACAAUCUUCCAGUAAAUCUAAAAGGGAUGGUUGGAGAAGUGACCUGCCAAGGACAGGAUUAGGAGCUGGGGUUUUAGAGCAAAUGAAAGAAGAGAAACAAAAGGAUGCAGCUUGGCAAGGCAAAUGUUCUGGUACAGUAUAUAUUGGAGGAAAUGAAUCUGAAGGUCACUUUUCAUUGAUAAAUGAGGCAUGUUCAAUGUUUGCACAUACCAACCCACUACACCUAGAUGUAUUCCAGAGUGUUGUGCGAUUUGAGGUAGAAGUUGUUUCCAUGACGGCUGCUCUCUUUGGAAGUAAAGAAAAGACAUCUGGAGGACAAAUAUGCGGCAACAUGACCUCAGGAGGAACAGAGAGUAUAUUGUUAGCUGUGAAAUCAUCACGUGACUACAUGAAAGCGAAGAAGAACAUCACAUGUCCAGAAAUGAUAAUCCCUGAAUCUGCACACUCGGCGUAUGAUAAGGCUGCUCAAUAUUUCAAAAUCAAGUUGUGGCGUGUUCCUGUGAAUAAGGAAUUUCAAGCAGAUGUAAAAGCUAUCAAGAAAUAUAUCAAUAAAAACACCAUAAUGAUUGUUGGAUCUGCACCUGGUUUUCCACAUGGAAUCAUUGACCCAAUCGAGGAGCUGGGUGAAUUGGCAUUCAGUUAUGGGAUCUGUCUGCAUGUAGACCUUUGUCUUGGUGGUUUUGUGCUACCUUUUGCACGUAAACUCGGGUACCCGGUUCCACCAUUUGAUUUUUCUGUCCAAGGAGUAACCUCUAUAUCAGCGGAUGUGCAUAAGUAUGGGUUGGCGCCCAAAGGGACAAGUAUAGUUUUAUAUAGAAACCAUGAUAUUCGGAAGCAUCAAUUUGUUGCUGUUACAGAGUGGUCUGGUGGUCUGUAUGUGUCUCCGACAAUUGCUGGUAGCCGACCUGGAAGUUUGAUUGCAGGGGCUUGGGCAGCCAUGCUUUCAUUAGGGCAAGAAGGUUACCUGGAGCAUACAAGAGAGAUUAUGGAAGCAUCAAAGAGGCUACAAAAAGGAGUAAAAGAGAUCCCAGAGUUGUUUAUCAUCGGAAGGCCAGAUAUGACGAUUGUGGCUUUUGGUUCUAAUGUGAUUGACAUAUUUGAAGUGAAUGACAUUCUGUCCUCUAAAGGCUGGCAUUUAAAUCCGUUGCAGAGACCCAACAGCAUUCAUAUAUGUGUGACCCUUCAACAUGUAGCUAUUGUUGACAAUUUCCUGAAAGAUAUAAAGGAUUCUGUGAAAACUGUGAAAGAAAGGCCUGGGCCAGUAAGCGGAGGACUUGCACCGAUAUAUGGUGCAGCUGGGAAGAUCCCAGAUAGAGGAAUGGUGAACGAAUUACUGGUAGACUUCAUGGAUAAUGCUUGUUGAUGAUGCGAUUAUAUUUGUUGUGUGACAUCAUUCUUUGUCAAAGAAAACUGUGUUAAGAUCAAUGUGUAAAAUUGUUUGAAAUAGAAUCAUCUUUAUCUGAUGGUGAAUGCAUGUUUUGCCUGUGGGAAGAUGAAGAAUACCCAAACUCAUUUUCAGUAAAUUUAAUUGGUUGAUCAAGUAUUGUACUAUAAA